UCAAAGUUUAAUGUCAUAGAAUAUAACGCCUGGGAGGUGACGUCCUGUUGCUCCUGGCCCAAGAUAAUUGUUUGACUCCACUCGCAACCUGCUGGGGGCGUUAUCACGAUGUUUUGAAAAUCUUGAGUGGAGUUAAAAGGGAAGUUUUCCCAGCACGAGCGUGACAUUUCUUCUCUGGAGGGACUCACAAAGCAUCAUCACGGACCAGCAACUGCUCCCAAUGGCUCAGCAGUUAAGCAAUGAACAAGGAAUCACUUUAAUUUCCUCCAAAAAUGAGACUAGGGAAGCAAGACAUUCCAUGAUAUCUGCAUGCUUUAAUUUUGUCAAUUCCAUCAUUGGAUCUGGGGUAAUAGGUUUACCUUACGCAUUGACCCAAGCAGGACUCCCUUUUGGCUGUCUACUUCUGAUUGUUGUUGCAUUCAUCACAGACUACACAAUCAUCCUACUCAUCAAAGGAGGCAACGUGUCAGGGACGAACAGCUAUCAGUCGCUAGUCCAAAGCACAUUUGGUUUUCCAGGAUUCCUCGUUUUAUCAGUGCUGCAGUUCUUGUAUCCAUUCAUUGCUAUGAUCAGCUACAACAUUAUUACAGGUGACACACUCACCAAAGUAUUUCAGAGAUUUCCUGGAGUCGGCCCAGGUCACAUCAUCGCUGACCGCCACUUUGUCAUCAUAAUGUCCACCGUUUUAUGCACACUGCCUCUCUCACUUUAUCGAAAUAUAGAGAAACUGGGCAAGGUGUCCUUCCUGUCAAUGAUACUGACAAUCAUCAUCCUCGUCAUUGUAGUUAUCAGAGCAGUGACCUUGGGACCUGAAGUACCUCUGACGGAGGCCCCGUGGCUUUUUGCAAAGUGGAAUGCGAUUCAGGCUGUCGGUGUCAUGUCUUUUGCCUUUAUAUGUCACCACAACAGCUUUCUGAUCUACGGCUCUCUGGCGCAACCCACACUAACCAACUGGACUCGGGUAACUCACAUCUCGGUGGGCUCCGCGCUAAUCAUCAGUGCCACAUUUGCGUUGGCAGGUUAUGUCACCUUUACGGGCUACACGCAAGGAGACAUAUUUGAGAAUUACUGCAGAAAUGAUAACUUGGCAACAUUUGGUCGCUUCUGUUUUGGUCUCAGCAUCAUCACAACGUUUCCGCUGGAGUGUUUUGUUACUCGAGAGGUGAUUUCGAAUUCCAUUUGUGGCCGAGAGCUUUCCAAAGUGGAACACAUGUCUGUAACUGUGAUCAUAGUUGCGGUUUCUACGGCGAUAUCUUUGGCCUACGAUUGUCUGGGAAUUGUUUUGGAGUUGAACGGUGUUCUGAGUGCCACACCGCUGAUCUUCAUCAUCCCAUCUGCGUGCUUCCUCAAACUUUCCCCUGGACGUUGGUAUCACCAUGAAAACUUGAAGGCCACCGUUUUGAUUAUUGUCGGUGUAUUCGUCAUGAUCACUGGCUUGGUGAUGACGAGCCUCUACCCCCAAGACUGUUCGCACGGCGUGGAGAUGUUCUACUGCGCGGAUGCAAAUGUCUCCACCACUGUGCCGCCUGUAUGACUGCAACUUCCAGGACACUCAUAACACUGGAAUGUUCUUUUGGACUGCGUACAUCUUUUUCUUUUUGCAAAUGCUCUUUUGCAAAAUGACAGGAGGUACAAUUAACCUGUCUUCACAUUUUGCCAUCCAUACAAAAGAAUACGGUAACAGCAUUGUGUCUAAACAGUUCCAUAUUCCACACUAAGUUAAUUCGUGAGUAAAUUGACUGAUAUUAAUAUACUCUUGUGAUUUAUUUUUUGACAUUUUUUUGGUGGUAUGCUGUGAGAUUUUUUUUAAAUAUA